AUGUCGGGGGCCCUGAGCAAGCGCAGCGAUCUGGCCAACGACAACCGGUGCCUGGGGCUGAGCCUGGGGCUGGGAGCGCCCCCCGAGCCCCGCACCGGGCCCGGGGGGGCCCCGGCCGAGGAGCUGCCCGCCGCCGGGUGGGCGAAGGCCGGGCAGGACCAGAACCGCAACGAGCUCGAGCCGGGGCCGGGGCCGGGCCGGUCCCCCGGGGCGCACGGGGAGUCCCCCGGAGCGCUCGAGCCGGGGCUCCAGGCCCGCAAUGCCCGGAACGCCGCCCGCGACCCACGGGCCCGGCUGAUCGGCGCCUCGGAGGAGGAGGAGGAUGAUGAAGAAGAUGAGGAGGAGGACGAGGAGGAGGAGGAUGGGGCUGGGGUCUCUCCGCCGGCUCUGGGCCCAGAGCGGGGCCUGCGGGAGCUCCCGGGGCGCAGCGCCAGCCGCCUCUUCGGGGGGCCCGGCCCUGGCAGCGACGAGGACUCGAGCUGGGCCACGCUGAGCCAGGGCAGCCCUGGCAGCUCCCCCGAUGAACCAGAAUCGCUGUGGCCGUGUGGCGCGGGAGCACACGAGGACCUGCCCCCCGGCUGGCUGCGGGUGCAGGACACCUCGGGCACCUACUACUGGCAUGUCCCCACUGGCACCACCCAGUGGGAGCCCCCCGGCGGGCCCCACGAGACCCCUUCCGACGGCAGCACCCCCACCGAGGGGCCCACUCUCUCUUGGACGAGCUUUGCUCCGGCUGAGACCUUCAAUAAUGGGGACUUGUGGAAGGAUCCCACGGCGGAGGAGGAGGAGGAGGAAGAGGAAGAAGAGGAAGAUGAGGAGCCAGGAGUGUCAGACCUGGAGAUGCUGUCACCAGGCCCAGGAUCACCAGGAGAGGGCAUGACCCUGGGUGAAGAGGAUGCGCUGAACUCCAAGGGCCUCCUGGUUCGCUCUCUGGGCUGGGUGCAGCUGCGGGAGGAGGAGCUGGGUCCUGGCCGCAGCAGCAGCGCUGUCAGCGCCUGCAUCCGGCAGCUCUCGGCGCCUCGUGAUGGCCCCCAGGGCACCUGGGGGGAGGCACGGGCGCUGCUGCUGCUCGAGGACCGCACGCUGAAGCUGGUGGACCCCCAGGACCGGGCACUGCUGCACGCGCAGCCCGUGGGCGGCAUCCGCGUGUGGGGCGUGGGGCGGCAUGGCAGCAGGGACUUUGCGUACGUGGCCCGGGACCCCUUGACACAGGUGCUGAAGUGCCACGUGUUCCGCUGCGAGGGGCCAGCCAGCACCAUCGCUGCCGGGCUGCACCGGGUCUGUGCACAGCUGACGGCGGAACGGCGAAGUGCCCGGGCAGCAGGCAACGGCCUGGGGACAGACCCCCCCCGGCUGGGGGAGCCUCCCCUGCAGGUGGAGUUCCCAGCCCCCAAGAGUGAGGUGGUUCAGCGCUUCCCUGUGUGUUACCUGGGCUGUGUCCCUGUUGCCAAGCCAGUGGGCAUGGAUGUGAUCAACGCGGCACUGGAGGCGGCGCUGGCCCCUGGCUCAGGGGAGCCCCCUGCACCCACCCCCGUGGUGGUCAGUGUGGCCCCCGCCACCCUCACCAUUGCUCACCGCCAGACAGAGGCGGUGCUGUGCGAGUGCCGCGUGCGGUUCCUGUCCUUCAUGGGGGUGGGACGCGACGUCCGCGCCUUCGCCUUCAUCAUGGCCAGCGCUCCCGGCACCUUCCGCUGCCACAUGGUGUGGUGUGAGCCCAACGCCGCGGGGCUCAGCGAGGCGCUGCAGGCCGCUUGCGUGCUCCGCUACCAGAAGUGCCUGGAUGCGCGGCCCCAGGCCUCCAGCUCCUGCCUGCCGGCUCCCCCGGCUGACUCGGUGGCACGGCGGGUGGGCUCUUCUGUGCGCCGGGGGGUGCAGACCCUCCUGGGGACCCUCAAACCGCGGCGGGGAGGGGCGCAGACCCCGUGAGUGGGGCGAGGGCACGGGGGGCAUGUGGCUGGGCAAGGCAGCGUGGGGGGACAGGACCACCGACCCAACACUCCAGGGCACAGGCUUACCCAGGGCGUUGGGUCGGGGGUCCUGCCCCCACCACUGCCCUCGUGGUGGGUCACGCCCCCCCGAAGGUCCCCAAUGCAUGUGGCGUAAUGAGGGUCUGUGUUGUACUAAAUCAUUAAUUAAUAAACCCAUUCCACCAGC